CCUCGGCGCGUGCCUGAUAAAGGCUAAGACGUGCGCGGGCCCGGCAGCAGAGCUCGACUGGAGUUCCGAGGCGUGUGUUUUGUGUGUUUUUGUCUAGUUUUGUGUAGUUUGUGUUGGUCAUCAGCACAGAAGCGGCUUAGAUGUAGAAGCGGCGCAGGAUGGCGGAUCUCUCUCUGCUGCAGGACUCGCAGGAGGACACGGACGGAUUGCUGGACUUCGUGUCUCAGGAUGAGAUGUUGACUCCUCUGGGUCGACUGGACAAGUACAUCAGCAGCGAGAACAUCUUCAACAGGCAGAUGGUGGCCCGCAGUCUUCUGGACACGCUCCGGGCGGUCAGCGAGGAUGAGCGCGACUGUGUGUCUGUGCUGGAGCAGAUCGACAGACUCGCAGACGACCCGGAGCCGACGGUUCGAGCGGAGCUGAUGGAGCAGAUCCCACACAUCGCCAUCUUCUGUCAGGAGCACAGACCUUCCAUUCCCUUCGCUUUCUCCAAGUACCUGCUUCCCAUCGUGGUGCGGUACCUGUCCGACCAGAACAACCUGGUGAGGAAGACGAGUCAGGCGGCGCUGCUGGUGCUGCUGGAGCAGGAGCUGAUGGAGCGAGGAGACGUGGAGAGUCUGGUGUGUCCAGUGCUGGUGGAUCUGACCGCUCCCGACAGCAGCGACGACGUCAAGACCGAAGCCAUGGCGAUCAUCUGUAAAAUGGCUCCGAUGGUGGGGAAGGACGUCACCGAGAGGCUCUUCCUGCCGCGCUUCUGUGAGAUGUGCUGCGACUGCAGGAUGUUCCACGUGCGUAAGGUUUGUGCGGCGAACUUCGGAGACAUGUGCAGUGUGGUCGGAGGAGAGGCGACGGAGGAGCUGCUGCUGCCGCGGUUCUUCCAGCUGUGCUCUGAUAACGUGUGGGGGGUGCGCAAGGCCUGCGCUGAGUGCUUCAUGAGUGUCUCCUCGGCCUCGUCUCCAGAAGUGCGCCGCACCAGACUCUCGUCUCUGUUCAUCAGUCUGAUCAGCGACCCGUCACGCUGGGUGCGUCAGGCCGCGUUCCAGUCCCUCGGGCCCUUCAUCUCCACCUUCGCCGGCCCCUGCAGUAGCUCGGGUCAGUUCUUCAGAGACGAGGAGCAGAGCGGCUCACAGACUCACAGCACAGACGCAGAGACCGUGUGUCCGCCGCAGGAGCAGGACGAGAGUCUGACCGCAGACGACUCACAGAAGUGCCUUCCUUCAUCAUCAUCAUCAUCAGAGGAGGAGGAGGAGGAGGAGGAGGAGAUCCCGGAGCAGGAGCUCUUCAACUCCUUCCACUUCUGGAGGACGCCCAUCCCACGGCUCGACCCGGAGCUGGAGCUGGAGGAGGACAGGCGGCCCCCGGCCCCCCCGCUGGACAGGAAGCACCUGCAGGAGCUGAUCGAGAACCUGGAGCCGCACAUCGACGACCCCGACGUCAAAGCACAAGUGGAUGUCCUGACUGCUGCUCUGAGAGCCACGGCGCUGGACUCUGGACUGGAAGACGCUUUCCUGGAGCCUCAAGCAGCUCGAUCAAACCCUUUCAGCUCCCAGCAGCCCUCAGAACACCUGUCAGCCGACAUACAGAGGCGUGUGACGCGUGACGAUGAUGACUCUGACGGGAGCGACUGCUGCCUGAAUCCUGAAGACGAGAGGAAAUCCAAACAGCAGGAUGUGGUUCCCCAGGCGCUGCUGGAGCAGUAUCUGUCGAUGACGGACCCGUCUCGCGCUCAGACGGUGGAUAUGGAGAUCGCGAGGCACUGUGCGUUCAGUCUGCCUGGAGUCGCUCUGACCCUGGGACGACAGAACUGGCACUGCCUGCGCGACACCUACGAGACGCUGGCCUCCGACAUGCAGUGGAAGGUGCGGCGGACGCUGGCGUUCUCCAUCCAUGAGCUGGCUAUGAUUCUGGGAGAUCAGCUGACCGCUGCUCAUCUGGUGCCCAUCUUCAACAGCUUCCUGAAGGAUCUGGACGAGGUUCGCAUCGGCGUCCUCAAGCACCUCUACGACUUCCUCAAGCUGCUGCAUCAGGACACUCGGAGGAAGUAUCUGUAUCAGCUGCAGGAGUUUCUGGUGACAGAUAACAGUCGUAACUGGAGGUUUCGCUCCGAGCUGGCCGAGCAGCUGGUGCUGCUGCUGGAGCUGUACAGUGCUCAGGAUGUUCAUGAUUAUCUGCGGCCGCUGGCUCUGUGUCUGUGUUCUGACCGCGUGUCGUCUGUGCGCUGGACGUCCUACAGACUGGUGAGCGAGAUCAUCAGGAAGCUGUCGUCGUGUUCGUCUCUGCUGGUGAGUUUUCUGGGAGAGCUGGUGGAGAAGUUCUGUCACUCUCAGAAGUGGUCCGGUCGUCAGGCGUUUGCCUUCGUCUGUCAGCUGUCUAUAGAGGAGGAGUGUCUGUCUCUGGAUCAGUUCUCCGAGCAUCUUCUUCCUCCUCUUCUUCAGCUGGCGUCUGAUCCGGUCCCUAACGUCCGUGUGCUGCUGGCCAAAACCCUGCGGCAGACGCUGCUGGAGCGAGAGUAUUUUGUGAGCUCGGUGAACGGUCAGCAGGAGGCGCUGGAGCACACACUCGUGUCUCUGCAGACAGAUGUGGAUAAAGAUGUCAAAUACUUCGCCAGCGUUCACCCCAGCAGCACACGUCUGAACGAGGACGCCAUGAGCACCACGUCCUCCACCUACUGACCCAGAAUGCACCUCUCUACAGGGCUGGGGUUUGUUUUAUUUCACCACAGAAGCCUUAAACGUGUCUUCCUCCUCCAGACGGACUCUGUCCUCGCUCUUUUAGUCUGAGUGCAGCACACUGAUGGACGUCCUCCGCUCGCUCAGUGUUUUAAUGACUCUCACACUGUCUCUGAUCAUGAGGAAUCUCCAUCUGUCCAAUAAACUUUCACACACCACUGCUGCUGUUCUCCGAGUCCUUCAGACCGAUUCCAUGUUCAUCUCAUUAACAUUAAAGCCUGGACUAACAGUGUCUUUCUCGGCAUUCAUUAAUGUUCGUUCAUAAAAACACCACUUUUGAUCUUAUUAAUGUAUUAAUGUUGAGAUUAUCAUUAAUAUCAGUACUGUAGAAGUAUUGAUCAUUAUUAGUUCUGAACUAAUAAAAAUGAAUGCAUGAUCAUUAAUUCUACAGAAUUUAUCAGCAGCAGUUUUUAAAUGUUUAUAUACUUUUAUAUCUUGACAAAAAUAUUCUGCUGAAUAAUCACGAGAAUCUGAUACAAAAUAACCAUCUUUCAUAACUGGACUCAUGAAUAUAACAACUGGAUAAAAUGUUACAAAAUAUCAAGUUAGUUUCUACUUUUAUACAACUUCAGAUUUUAAAUGCAUUAUGAGCAAACAUGAAUCGAUGAGCAGAACUGCUUUUUUAAAUGUAAAUGAAUCUCAGGUUUAAUAUUUCAGUGAUCUGAACUGUGUGUUUCCAUCGAGUCUCUUCUGUUCCUGUUCAUGUCCGUCAAUCAGUCUGGAUUGUUUAACACACUACAGAAAUAACUGUGACUUCAUGCAGAUAAAAUAAAUAUUCAUCAGUUG